UGUGCGUGUAGCCCACUGCACGGCAUUACAUUUGGAGGUGUGUUAAAAUUCCUGAGCUGCGAUUGGGCACGCUACUUAUAUUCAACCAAUCGAAACGAGCUAUACCAUUUAGUUUGUUGACAAGAUCGGGAAUGACGACAUACACUAACAAGGGACCGAAGCCUGAGGCUGGACGAUUUGUUUCCUUCCACAGAAUCAAGUUCUGGGUCGGUAAUGCAAAACAGGCUGCUUCCCAGUAUGUCACUAGGAUGGGAUUUGAGCCUUUUGCCUACAGAGGCCUGGAGACUAGUAGCCGUCAAGUGGCCUCACACGUUGUCAGGCAGAAUAAGAUUCUGUUUGAGUUUGAAAACAUGCUGAAUCCACAUGACCCAAAAGAAAUUGGGGACCAUUUGUCAAAGCAUGGAGAUGGUGUGAAAGAUAUUGCAUUUGAAGUAGAGGACCUGGAUGCCAUAUAUAAGAGAGCCGUAGAGCGUGGAGCCCAUGUGGUACAGGAGCCCACUGAGGAGAAGGACAAUGAUGGCGUGGUGCGCUUCUGUGUCAUACAGACAUACGGGGACACCACACACACACUCUACGACCUCUCACAGUACAAGGGCUUCUACCUACCGGGGUACAGGAAAGUCGAUCCCAACAAUGACCCACUGACAAAGAUUUUGCCAAAUGUUGGACUGAGGUUUACUGAUCACAUUGUGGGAAACCAGCCUGAUGAUGAGAUGACUUCUGUUGCAGAAUGGUAUGAGAAGAAUCUCAUGUUCCACCGUUUCUGGUCCGUGGACGACUCCCAGGUACACACAGAGUACUCCUCCCUACGCUCCAUUGUCGUCUCCAACUUCGAAGAGACCAUCAAAAUGCCCAUCAACGAGCCUGCAGUUGGUAAACGCAAGAGCCAGAUUCAGGAAUAUGUGGACUACUAUGGUGGUGCAGGUGUGCAGCACAUUGCUCUGAACACUGACAACGUCAUUCAGGCUGUGUCCAACUUGAGGGCCAGAGGCCAGGACUUCCUUUCGAUCCCAAAGACAUACUACAUUAAUCUGAGGGAGAGGCUGAAAUCCUCCCCAGUGAAAGUCGCGGAAGAUCUAGACACGCUUGAGAAGCUGCACAUCCUGGUGGACUAUGAUGACAAUGGCUACCUGCUGCAGAUCUUCACCAAACCCAUGCAGGACCGACCCACUCUCUUCCUUGAGGUCAUACAGAGGGAAAACAACAAUGGUUUUGGGGUCGGUAAUUUCAAAUCGUUGUUUGAAGCUAUCGAGAUGGAUCAAGCUGAACGAGGCAAUCUGUAACCGAGCAUUUAUCACCUUCCCCUGGAUAUGAUGACUAGAAAUUACACAUUGACUUUACAUAAAGCUUACAUAAUUUAUGCAGACUGUAAAAUAAAGUUACACUUUAUGUGUACAUUUCAAAUUAAUAGAAAACGUAAAUAAUUAUUUCCUUUAUAAAAAUGGAACAAGGUUUGGUUGUAGAUGCAUUUUUUCAGAGAGGUUUGUUAAAACAUUGACCUGAUAUUUGCUCAAAAUUAUCCGUCGCUUUGAUUCAGUUAAAUUUAAAGCAACUUAAAUACAUAUCCAUGUUGGUGCUCUGUUCUUAAUUAAUGCUGAUAUUGUAUACACUUAAAUGUUAUUGGUUAAAAUGUUAAUAUUAUGUAUAAGCCUGAUUUAACAUGUAAAUUAUUAAAGGCAUUCAUCUGGCAUUUGGUGAAGGUUGUUAACGCUAGUCAUAUUGUUGAUCAUAAUACCUUGUGAGUAUUUUACAUCAAAUGUAGUACAUGUGCACAGGUCAUGUGUAGUUUUUGAUUGCCAGCUUAAUAUUUUUUAAAUGCACUUAAUGUUUGUUAAACAAGAUGCAUUAUUUUAUUUUUAUUUUAAUGUGAUCAUAAUCGUAUUGUUAUAUUUGUUAAAAAAUAUUGUAAAGUUACAUGCAUAUUUCUAAGAUGCUCUUUUUCUGAAACAAAUGUAAUUUACACAUGGUCAAUCAUGAACAUUUUAGGGUCACCUAUUUUGUACAUAAACAGCUAUGCUGUUUAUCAACAGAUAAUCAUUAUAUAUGUAUUUGCUUUGAAAGAUUUUCCCAAAAGGUUAGAGGUCAUUAAUUAAAUGAUUGGCAGAAUAACUGCUUGCUUCCUUAAUGUCACUAAUGAGAGAAAAAUAAUUGACAUGUUUAUUUGAAAAUUGGCACAUUUUCAGUGAUAUCAAUUGAAUUGUGAUGAAUUCUGUGCGCAUUUUUGGAAUUUUCUCCAUGUAACUUGUGCACAUGCACAGUUUCGAGCAAGCAUGGCUGGGGAACUAUUUGAAUCAGGGCAAAGGUUUGGUUAUUUUCUAUCUUUCUGGAAGUCGUUAAAAUGUAGACAUUAUCCAUAGUAUGUAUUCUCUUAAUCAUGCCCCAAAUUAGGUAUGAUCAGUACAACUAUGUGUGCUGUCUUGUCAGUUAGCUAUUCAGUAUAGUAGAUAAAAGCUGAAUGCUUGAUGCUUAACCCAGCCAUACUGUUUCGCAUUUAAAAUUGAUUCAACAAAUCCAUUGAAUGAACUUGUCUUCCAAUCCAUUCCCUGUCAAUUUCUUUUAAAUGUUGUUUUCAUAAAAAUAUAAGUCUGGAGGUUAUAUUUAAAUAAACAAGUUGUAAAGUGAAUUUUGUAGCAUGUAUGUAAUACUAGUAACAUGAUAAUUUUGCUUCAUAUAAUAUAUUUUUUGAAAAUCUUGAUCUUUCUAUUGUGAUGAAAGCUAAGUUGCUCAAUUUAAUUAGAACAAUGAUUCUUAAUUACCAAAAAAAUGUGUAUAGACACAAAUAUUUACAUGUAUUGAUAUUUACAAAAUAUGUAUCAGAUGACAGUCAAAUAAAUUGUUGAAAAACAGAA